AUUAGUUUCUGACAAACAAAAACUCGGCGGAAAUUUUACUUUUUUUGGUGUGAGUGGUCUGGUCAUGCUGCGCAGUGCGCAGCAUGAGGAAGCUGAACGGAUUGAUUUCCCCAUUCUACACGAAACAGUAGGGCCCAGAAAUUUCAAAUCGGACCGGAUUGAAAGCGGAAGCUUACUGGCAACUACCACCAUCACUGUUCUUUGGCUCAAGCACUAACGUGAACGACCUAGUAACUCACUUCUGGUGAAGGUGGAAUAUGAAGGUGGCCAAGGCAUGUGAUAAUUGUAAAAGAAAGAAAGUGAAGUGUGAAGGUGACAGAAGGUCGAAUCAGAAAUGCAAGAACUGUUUGUCCAAUGAUGUCGAAUGCACGUAUAUUGCUGCGGCAAAGAUGAUACCGUACCGCUAUUCUACUAAAGAAUACAUCGAAGAGCUCGAGAGAAGACUAGAAAAGACGCAAAUGGUUUUGCGCAAGUUUGUUCCGGAUGCUGUGAUUGAAGAAGAACUGAUCGGAAAAAGUCGAAAUCAGAAACUCCAGAAACGUCAAACUACCGUGACGAAAGAUGGUUCUAAUACUAGGAACGAUAACAUCCUAGCAGACGGCGAGGUGUCCUUUGACGAUGAAUCAGAGUUAGAUGAAGCGGACAGGUUAAGUCAAAUGGCAGUAGGUGGUCCCGAUGUGAAAAGCUUUGGGAAGUCGAGUGGCAUCUCGUUCACAAGUACGGCCCUCAAGAUCAAACAAGAACUAGGAAUUCCUUCAGUAACAACUUCCCGACUACCAGGAAAUCAGUUAUGGGCCAAUGCUUGGUCUAGGAAGUAUGAGGACACCGACGUCGACCUCUACGAUUAUACUUUCCCGGAGCCAGACCUUCUAGACAACCUUGUCGAGCUGUAUUUCUCUCACAUAAACCGAUUCUGGCCUCUUCUCCACCGCCCUACGUUCGAGCGUUCCCUGGCGGCCGGCCUUCACCGAACGAACAAGGCGUUUGCAGCUACUGUUCUUAUGGUUUGCGCAAAUGGCUCGCGUUUCUCCGACGACCCUCGCGUACGAGUUGAUCAUGACGAGUUACCAUAUCGUCAUGGCUGGAUAUGGUUCGUUCAAGUACACCGGGUCUCUGUACUGAGAACUGCGAAGUUAUACGACCUGCAAAAAUGCGUGCUGUCGGUUUUUUACGUACAAGGCUUCUCUGUACACAGUUCAUGGACGAUACUGGGAACCGCUAUGCGUAUGGCACAAGACCUUGGUGCGCAUCGGAAACAAAGGCCGGGAAUGUUGCCGUCGGCUGAGGAGGAACUUCUGAAGAGAGCUUUCUGGGUCUUGGUGUGCAUGGACAGGAUCGUAAGCAUGGCGUUAGGUAGACCAUGUGCUAUUCAGGAAGAGGAUAUUGUUGCGGACCUCCCAAUCGACUGCGAUGACGAAUAUUGGGACAGCGCGUUUGUACAGCCUUCGGGUGUACCUUCUACGAUGUCUUUCUUCAGCUCUUACGUUAAGUUAAACCGCAUCUUUUUCAAAUGCCUUCGAACAAUAUAUUCUCCAAGUAAACCGACUGCUCUACGUCGUUCCGCUGACAAGAGAAGUAAAGAAGACAUCAUCGCCGAACUCGAUUCUUUAGUUAACGAAUGGGUGGAUUCCGUACCUGAACAUAUCCGCUGGGAACCUCGACAAGGAAAUGAGAUUUUUUACAGUCAAUCCGUCUUUCUGUACUGCUCUUAUUAUCACCUCAGAAUUCUCAUUCAUAGACCCUUCAUACCAACACCUGGGAAACCAUCGUCUCUUUCUUGUCCGUCUCUAAUAAUCAGCACCAGCGCAGCUCGGUCCAUCAGCUAUAUUUUGGAAUGUCAAUCACGAAAACAACCGGACAGUCCUAAGUAUUACUGCGCAAUGUCUAUCUUCUCCGCCGCGAUUAUUCUUCUCCUCAACAGUUGGAGUAACCCAACGGCAAAAUCAGAAAGCAAAGACGUCAAACACAUUACUCAGUGUGUAAAUACUCUUCAGACGUUUGAGCGACAAUGGCCGUUUGCUGGUCGAUUCUGCGAUGCUAUCAGUCAUCUCACAAGUGGUGUAUACCCCCUACGACAGCCUGUACCUGUGCGCGAAAGCACUGAUAUCUCACCUCAGCCAGUCUUCUAUUCAUCUCAAUGGACAGAGUUGAUGGAUAUGCCCUUUCCUUCGUCGAGUUGGCCUUCUUCAUCGGACGAUGCGUACGCUCAGAAUUUUUGGGCCAUUGCCGAGGAUGUAUUUCGUGACACGCUAGCUCAUGCGCAAGGUUCUGAUGGAGGAACAUUACCUUAUGCCGCUACUGAAGCUUGGAGAGCCUGUGUCCAAGCAUCAUUAUAGUGGCUUCAUGAGUUGGGUGAAUAAUUUUUUAUAUCAAUCAACCCCCCUGGAAUAAGUAGCCUAAAAACUACGUGUCAGUGACGUUCGGAAACGCGAUCGGAGAGGCGGCAGGCAGUAGAAUGACAGCAUUUGUUUACCAUUAUCCUUGAUAACAAAUAUGAUA